AUGCGACUCUUCAUUCUGUCGUUCCUUCUGCUCCACCCCCACUCCGCCAACUCGCUCCAGUUCUUCUGGAACGGUGCGUCUCAGUCUCCCUCGCCUCCCUCCGCUUCCCCCUCAACGACCAAGUUCGCCUCGCACCGUCUCUUCCCCCUCUCGGACGGCACCUUGCUCCCCUCCCCCGCCUUUGGAGCAGGUUCGGUCUGGAAAGGCGAGAACGUGACCGAGAUCGUCCUCAGUGCGUUGAACCAAGGCUAUCGUCAUCUAGGUACGCGCUCGACUCGAUUCGAAUCGACUCGUAGGGCCCCGCCGGCUAAGUUCCCGCUCCGGAAACGUUGAGUUGAUCUCAUUUCGAGAUUCGAUCCACACAGACAAUGCGGCUUUUUAUGCGAACCAAGAGAGCGUCGCGGAUGCGAUCAGGGCUAGUGCGAUCCCCCGGGACGAGUUGUAUCUGACGAGCAAGUACGAUCGCUUGAACGGCCAAGGACCGGAACAGGAAUUGCACGCCACCUUGCGCAAGGUACAGUGGACGGAGGGAGCGCACGCCGACUUGGUCUCACCGCGCACCGUUCAGCAACUCAUGCACAAAGUUGACCCUCCCUACAGCUCAACACGACCUACUUGGACCUGUACCUGAUCCACGUCCCGCAGUUCGGCGCGGACCCGUCCAUCUGGCCCACGUUCGAAUCCUUCGUUCAUCGAGGCCUGGUUCGUUCGAUCGGCGUGUCCAACUAUCUCGCUUCGGACUUGGGGCGACUGCUCGCCUCGGAGUCAUUGACGAUCGUCCCCGCGGUGAACCAAAUCAAGUUACACCUCUACAACCAGCUCGAGAUGAAGGCGACGAUCGAGUUGUGUGAGAGGGAAAGCAUUCAGAUUGCGGCUUAUUCGACCUUGACGAGUUUGACGACGAGGCACGGGGGGAAGGCGGAUCGGGUUGUGGGAAAGGUUGCCGAGAGGCAUCGAAUUACGGAGGGGCAGACCAUCCUCAAGUGGGCCGAUCAAAAGGAUUGGGCGAUCGUGAGGUGAAUUGGGGGCCACUGCCAGUCUUUCAAGGCAUCAUCAUGGGUGUUCGGCGGACUGCUGAUCCGUCCGCGUUUCGGUGUACACUGUACAGCACGAGCGGCAAGGAUUAUCGUCAAAAGCAACAGUUGCAAGUGUUUGAGGCCGAUUUCCCCAAGCUGAGCAAGAAGGAGAUGAAGGUGAUGGAGCACAAGGGGAGGAAGCAGGAGAAGAAGGAUCGCCAGGGCCAAGCUGAGCCUGCCAUGGGGACGACUCGGAGCUGGUGGUGA